UUGCUCCGACUGUGGACUGAUCCGGUGCCCAUCUCUCCUCUCUUUCUCUCUCUUCCCUCCGUCUUUGGCUGUAGCGACCGCGGGAGAGCUCGCUGAGCUGGAACCCCACAGAUCACCCGUUAAAAUGAAGGCGGCGGACGAGCCGGCCUACCUGACCGUGGGCACGGACGUCAGUGCCAAGUACCGCGGUGCCUUCUGUGAGGCCAAGAUCAAAGCCGUGAAGAGGCUGGUCAAAGUCAAGGUACUCCUGAAACAGGACAACACUACACAGCUGGUGCAAGAUGACCAAGUAAAAGGCCCUUUAAGAGUUGGAGCUAUUGUUGAAACAAGGACAGCCGAUGGAUCCUUUCAGGAAGCUAUUAUCAGCAAGUUGACAGAUGCUAGUUGGUAUACUGUGGUGUUUGAUGACGGAGACGAGAGGACACUGAGACGAACUUCGCUGUGUCUGAAGGGGGAGAGGCAUUUUGCAGAGAGUGAGACACUGGACCAGCUUCCAUUAACAAAUCCAGAGCAUUUUGGAACUCCAGUAAUUGCGAAAAAGACGAACAGAGGAAGGAGGUCUUCUCUCCCUGUUACUGAGGAUGAAAAGGAAGAAGAGAGUAGUGAGGAGGAAGAUGAGGACAAGCGUCGUCUCAACGAUGAAUUACUGGGGAAAGUUGUGAGUGUGGUGUCCACGGCUGAGAAGACUGAAUGGUAUCCUGCUUUGGUAGUGUCUCCCAGCUGUAAUGAUGACGUCACAGUAAAGAAGGAUCAGUGUUUAGUCCGGUCAUUUGUUGAUUCUAAAUUUUACUCAAUAGCAAGAAAGGAUAUUAAGGAAGUAGACAUUCUCAGUCUUGCAGAAUCUGAGCUCUCCAGCAAACCAGGGCUGCAGAAAGCAAGCAUCUUCCUCAAAACCAGAGUGGUUCCUGAUAAUUGGAAAAUGGAUAUAAGUGAGAUCCUUGAGUCAUCAAGUAGUGAUGAUGAAGAUGGCCCAAGGGAAGAAAAUGAAGAAGAGAAGGAAAAGGAAGCCAAAAAGGAAGAGGAAGAGGUGCCCGAGGAAGAACUUGACCCUGAAGAGAGGGACAGCUUCCUCCAACAGCUUUAUAAGUUUAUGGAAGACAGAGGUACUCCAAUCAACAAACCACCUGUUUUGGGCUAUAAAGAUCUCAAUCUGUUCAAACUCUUCAGACUGGUUUAUCAUCAGGGUGGAUGUGACAAUAUUGAUAGUGGUGCUGUAUGGAAGCAAAUUUAUAUGGACCUUGGCAUUCCUAUUUUGAAUUCAGCUGCUUCCUACAAUGUAAAAACUGCUUAUAGAAAGUAUCUCUAUGGUUUUGAGGAAUACUGCCGUUCUGCAAAUAUUCAGUUUAGAACUAUUCACCACCAUGAACCGAAAGUAAAGCAAGAAAAAAAAGACUUGGAAGAAUCGAUGGAAGAGGCUCUAAAGGUAGACCGAGAGAUGCCUUCGGUGGCGGUGAAGAGUGAACCCGAGGAAAACGUUGAUCCAAACAGCGAGAGUGAAAGGGAAGAGGUAGAAUUAAAAUCUCCAAGGGGCCGAAGGAGAAUCACUCGAGAUGUAAAUUCAAUUAAAAAGGAAAUUGAGGAAGAGAAAGCAGAAGACAAAUCAAAAGACAAUGAUACAGAAAGUAAGGAUGUAGACGCUGACUCUGACACCAUGGAGAAAAAAGAAGCUGAGCUGUUCCUGGGGAGAAAAACCACACCAAAGCCAAAGGAGAAGAAAAUUAAAAAGCAAGAAGAUUCCGACAAGGAUUCGGAAGAAGAGGAAGAGAAAAACCCAGAGAGGGAAGACACUGAAAGCAAAUGCGACUCCGAACUGGAGGAAGAUGAGGAAGACAUGGAGCCCUGCUUAACAGGAACCAAAGUGAAAGUAAAAUACGGACGCGGCAAAACUCAGAAGAUCUAUGAAGCCAGCAUUAAAAGCACGGAAAUCGAUGAUGGAGAAGUUUUAUACUUGGUGCAUUACUAUGGAUGGAAUGUCAGGUAUGAUGAAUGGGUGAAGGCUGACAGGAUAAUCUGGCCUUUGGACAAAGGUGGACCAAAGAAAAAACAGAAGAAGAAAGCAAAAAAUAAAGAAGACGGUGAGAAGGACGAGAAGAGGGAUGAGGACAGACAGAAAUCAAAACGGGGGCGUCCGCCAUUAAAAUCAACACUGUCACCCAACCUGCCGUUUGGAUUAUCCAAGACGCCCAACAGUGAUGGAAAGUCAGACUCUUGUUCAUCAGAUAGUGAAGCCGAAGAUUCUUUAGAUAAGAGUUUGAUAAAUGAAGAACUUUCUCUUGAUAUUAAAGAAGAAUUAGAGAAACAGGAACACCUGAAUGAUGAUAAGCUCGAUGAAGAAGCUCCAAAGAUUGCCGCCCAUAUGUUGAAAGAGACUGACAGGACUCAAUUGCGGCCUGUAGAAUCCCUGAAGUUAGAAGUUGGAGAGAAUGAACAAAUUGUGCAGAUUUUUGGAAACAAAGCAGAAGAAAUUAAAAGAGAAUCAGAAGAAAUUAAGAAAGAAGCAGAAAAAUCUCCCAAAGGAAAGGGAAGACGUAGCAAAACAAAAGAUCUGUCUUUGGAAAUUAUAAAGAUCUCCUCGUUCGGCCAGGAUGAUGCUGGAGGUGAGCCUCCUGUUGAAGCUCUUAGUCUGGAAUUGUCCGCAUUAGACAGUAAAAACUUGUCUUCCGCUGCAGAAGAUGAAAUUGAUCAAAGUGGCAAAGACAAAAAGUUGAAACGAAAAACACUAGGACAGUCAUCACCAGACAAGAAGAUCAGGAUGGAGAAUGGAGUGGAAACCACGAACAGUGCGUCUCAGGACAGGACCUCAGAUUGUAUCGGUUCCGAGGGAGCAAGAAGCUUGAAAUUUGAACAGCACUUUGAAACAGAAAAUGAAGGAAUGCCAUCGCUAACAGCAGAGUCGAACCAGUGCCGGCAGGAACUGACGAGUGAGAAACCCCACAGCCCAGCCCCAGCAGCUCUUCCCACUCCCCUGAAGGAAGAAGAGGACACAAUGCCCCUGAUUGGGCCGGAAACCUUGGUGUGCCACGAGGUCGACCUGGACGAUUUGGACGAUAAGGAUAAGACCAGUGGUGAGGACGUGGUUGUUGAGACCUCUGACUUGAACUCUCUUGUGUCUGUGCUACCUGCCCUACCUGCGGUCGCGCAGCAUGCCUUCUCCGUGGCUUCCCCACUGACCCUCAGCCAAGAUGAGUCCCGUAGCGUGAAAAGUGAGAGCGACAUGACGAUCGAGGUGGACAGCAUCGCAGAAGAAUCCCAAGAAGGUCUCUGUGAUAGGGAGGCAGCCAAUGGGUUUGAAGCCAGCAGUGCCUCUGGUCCUUGUAGUGUCAUGGUUCAGGAGAGAGAGAACAGAGAGAAGGGCCAGAAAAGACCAAGCGAUGGAAACAGUGGAUUAUUGGCAAAAAAGCAAAAGCGGACCCCAAAGCGAACCAAUGCUGUAGCCAAAAGUGAGAAGAAUGGGCCAGGACAAAGUAGUGACAGUGAAGAUCUCCCCGUCCUAGACAGCUCCAGCAAAUGUUCCCCAGUCAAGCACCUUCCUGGAUCUAAGCCACAGAAGCCUGCUCGAUCUCCUGCGAGAAUAUCCCCUCACAUCAAAGACGGAGAGAAGGAUAAACACAGAGAAAAACAUGCCAACUCAUCCCCGCGGACAUAUAAGUGGAGCUUUCAACUCAAUGAAUUAGAUAAUAUGAACAGUACAGAGAGGAUCUCUUUUCUCCAAGAGAAACUACAGGAAAUCAAAAAAUAUUAUAUGUCCUUGAAGUCAGAAGUUGCCACCAUAGACAGGAGAAGAAAAAGGUUAAAAAAGAAAGACAGAGAAGUGUCUCAUGCUGGCGCCUCCAUGUCAUCGGCUUCGUCAGACACUGGGAUGAGUCCCUCAGCGUCGUCUCCCCCGCAAAACGUGCUUGCAGUGGAGUGCAGGUGAUGACCGUCUGCACGCCCUGCCAGCGGUUUGCUGCCAUGGACACGGUCCCCCAGAUGCUGAAAUCCAACCCCGAAAGCACUCAACUGCUCUCACACCGCUAAGUAUACCGGCCACGCUUCUCCAGGCUGAAUCCGACCUCUUCCCUUCUUGUUUUCUUUUUAUCCUUUUUGCAAAGCCAAUAAGCAGAUUCAUAAUCGACCGUUAAGCAGCCUGUCUUACUUCUCCUGUGUGUGUGUGUGAGAGAGAGAGAGAGAGAAAGAGAG